GCCCACGCCCGCUGAGUGACAAAGCAAAGCGCGUCUUUCAAAAUGAUUACAAAGCUAGACAGUAUACUUUUGCCCCGCAAAAAGUUCCUCUACCAUUAUAAGAACGUGCGCUGGGCAAGAGGCCGCCAUGAGACAUACCUGUGCUUUGUAGUGAAGAGGCGACUGGGGCCGGACUCCUUAUCAUUUGACUUUGGAUAUCUACGCAACCGCAACGGCUGCCAUGUAGAACUGCUGUUCCUGCGCCAACUGGGAGCCUUGUGUCCUGGUUUGUGGGGGUGCGGAGGUGAUGGAGAUAGGAGGCUCAGUUACUCCAUCACCUGGUUCUGCUCCUGGUCUCCCUGCGCCAACUGCUCCUUCAGACUGACCCAGUUCCUCAACCGAACGCCCAACCUUCGCCUCAGGAUCUUCGUCUCUCGUCUUUACUUCUGUGACAUGGAGGACAGCCGUGAAAGAGAGGGCCUGAGGAUGCUGAAAAAAGCUGGCGUGCGGAUCACAGUCAUGAGUUACAAAGACUUCUUCUAUUGCUGGCAGACCUUUGUGGCUCGUAAGCAGAGCAACUUCAAAGCCUGGGAGGAGCUGCACCAAAACUCUGUUCGGCUUGCCAGAAAACUCAGCCGCAUCCUUCAGCCCUGUGAAACAGAAGACUUGAGAGAUGCCUUCAAGCUUCUUGGACUGUGACCUCCUCUGGUGUUGCUAUUGGGUUUAUCAUUAAGUCUAUAAAGAAAAAGACAUGUUGCAUUGGUCCUUCACUACAACUGCUAAACUGAGAAUGUAAAAAGCUAAGAAAAAAUUGCUUUGAAGUUGUUGCAAGGCUUGUAACGUUAAAAAGCUGCUGCUUGCU